AUGAGCUCCGGAUUUUCUGGGCGAAUUCUCCAUUGUUAACCGUCCUGAAAUUUCCUCGAGGAACUCCUAAAAACCUUUCACCCGCAAUACACGCGACAUUCCCUUCCUUCCUCUCUUCCUUCCACCAUCCGUCUCCGAGUCCUUCGUUGCAGACGAACAGACAGUGCUACCUCAGCCAGGUUACUCUUUGGCAACCAUACGCUUCCAUUGUACCGUUUGAGUCGACACUUGUCACCAUGGGUUCCCCGAAGACCAGUUCCGAUAAGAUGCCCGAGCGGGCCGGAUCUGGCGAUAUUGCCUCAGGCUCUGCCGACCAGCUUCUGGAGCAGCUUGGCUAUACUCCGGAGCUCCUGCGGAACCGUUCCACGCUUCAAGUGGCCUUCAUGUCUUUCGUCUUGGCGUCGAUCCCCUACGGACUGGCUACAACCUUCUACUAUCCGCUCGCCGGUGGAGGCCCCGUCGACGUCGUCUGGGGCUGGGUCGCUGUUUCGUUGAUCACCAUCUGUGUGGCAGCUUCCUUGGGAGAGAUUACUUCGGUCUAUCCCACUGCCGGCGGUGUUUACUACCAGGCAUUCAUGUUGGCUGCCCCAGAGUACCAGCGUAUUGCCUCGUGGAUAUGUGGUUGGCUGUAUGUGGUGGGCAACAUCACCAUCACUCUGGCUGUCAAUUUCGGUACUGCGUUGUUUCUCGUCGCCUGCCUCAACGUGUUCGAGACCUCGGAAGCGGAGCCUAUCUUCCCAGGCGAGACUUGGCAGGUGUUCCUCAUUUUCCUGGCCAUCACACUGCUUUGCAAUGCCGCCUCCGCAUUCGGAAACCGCUGGCUGCCCUGGCUCGAUACCUUCGCCAUCUUCUGGACUCUAGGGGGUGUCAUCGCCAUCAUGGCCUGUAUCUUAGCCAUCGCCAAAAACGGCCGCCGAGACGCUACCUUUGUGUUCACUCACUUCGAAGCCAAUUCUGGAUGGGUCCCCGGCUGGUCCUUCAUGGUAGGACUCCUGCAGGCCGCGUAUGCGACUUCAUCUACUGGCAUGAUCAUUUCCAUGUGUGAGGAAGUCCGAGAGCCCGCGACCCAGGUCCCCAAAGCCAUGGUCUUGACUGUUUGUAUUAACACGGUUGCUGGCUUGAUGUUUCUGCUGCCGAUUCUGUUUGUCCUCCCCGACAUUGCCGAACUCAUCGCGCUUGCAUCCGGUCAACCCGUCCCGACCAUCCUCAAGAGCGCCGUGGGAUCUGCCGGUGGCGCCUUUGGUCUUCUGAUUCCGUUGAUUGUCCUGGCUCUCAUUUGUGGUAUCGGCUGCACCACCGCUGCCUCGAGGUGCACUUGGGCUUUCGCUCGAGACGGUGCCAUCCCCGGUGCAAAGUAUUGGAAGCAGGUCAACUCCAAGUUAGACGUGCCUGCCAACGCCAUGCUGCUCAGCAUGGCUGUCCAAAUUCUGCUGGGCUUCCUCUACUUCGGCUCGACUGCUGCCUUCAACGCUUUCUCUGGCGUUGGUGUCAUCGCUCUCACAGCCUCGUAUGCUGUUCCCAUUGUCAUCAGUCUCUUUGACGGACGCAGGACCAUUAGUACCGGUAGCUUCUAUCUCGGCAAGCUCGGUCUGUUCUGCAACAUUAUCGCCGUUGGCUGGUCGUGUUUGGCUAUUCCACUCUUCUGCAUGCCCUCUUACAUCCCAGUCGAUGCGGCAACCAUGAACUACGCCUCCGUGGUAUUUGCCGCUUUCGUGCUCAUCUCCCUGGCGUGGUACAUGGCUUGGGGAAAAAAGAACUACGCUGGACCCCCAACGUAAGCGAUGAUUGUUCCAGUUUCGUGACGUUGAAAGCUCGCCGUGCCCGUGAAACUCCUGCGCGUGAUGAUGCUUGUUGCGUGAAGUUGGAUGCCUUGCUGUGUGUGAUGGUGUGAAACGAUAGCUGCCGUCGGAUAAAGGUCCUCCACAACAAAAGACAAAUCCCCCAAGUC